GUCACGGCUCGGUUUUGGCCGGUCCGGUCUCGGCUGUUACCGACUUCCCAGCAGUUCGGCUUUUCCCAUGAACCAAGUCACUCACGUGUGACUCGGUCUGGUCCGCAAGGCACCUAAACCGGCACCAGAUAGCACAAGCCAAGAAUGUGGGAACAACGGCUUGAGCCGGCCUCAAGCCAGCUGAAGGGGGUUGUGUGGCGAACUCGUUUUCAGGAUUUCUCCAACUUCAUACUCCCCAUUGUCCCCACUAUUCAGUUGGAUUCACUGUAAGUUACUAUGAAUAAGGUCCCGGUUCGAGUAGAUGGUAGAUUUAGGCUGGGAGAAGUUUUAGGAUCUGGCUCCUAUGCUGUCGUGUAUUCUGCACGGAAUAUCAUCAAUGAUGAUAAUGUUGCCCUCAAACUCGAAACCGUUGUCAACCACUCAUCUUCUGUGGAGCGUGAAUACUGGAUCUUGAAACAACUUGAAGGCGGAGUUGGCAUCCCCCGCACCCUCUGGUUCGGUAGAGAGUCAGCGUAUCAUGCUCUUGUUCUCGAACUCCUUGGGCCAUCGCUCCACCAACUCUUCCUCGCGAACAAUCGAAGAUUCAGCCUUCUCAACGUUGUGAAUCUAGGAGUCCAGUUGCUCUCACGUCUUGAAUAUAUUCACUCGCACAACUACGUUCACGGCGACAUCAAACCACAGAACAUAUUAGUCGGUCUUGGAAAUCUGAGGCACACCGCCUUCAUCAUCGAUUUUGGUAUCACGAAGAUGUACUGGAACACCGCAACCAGUGACCAUGUGCCAUUUCGCCAUGGCCGAAGUCUCUCUGGUACUCCUGCGUUCGCCUCGAUCAACAACCACUUAGGAGUUGAGCCAGGUCGUCGUGACGAUCUUGAGUCGCUCACAUACAUGUUAAUCUAUUUCUUACGUGGCUCCCUUCCAUGGUUAACAAGCGACGACGAGAAGUUGUCCAACUCUACCAUACUCGAGCGCAAAGCACGUGCUACCAUUGCAGAUAUAUGUCAUGACAUCCCCGUUGAGUUCGCCAACAUUCUUAUUUACACCCGCUCUCUCGCAUUCGCAGAAGAUCCUGAUUACGAUCAUCUCCGCUCAUUACUUAACGGUCUUCGUGCCACAUUGCCUGCACCAGCUACGUGCAUGUUGGAUUUCAGCCAACCUGACGGUCCUGCCAUACCUCCCCUUCUAUCACCUGACGGUCCUUCCAUACCUCCCCCUCUAUCACCUGACCAGUGCUGUGUGGCCAAAGCAAUCUCACCAUGUCCGCCAAAGGUAGUGCGCAGAUCGAACUCGUGUGUUACGCCCGCGGAAUGGCUCCACAUGGUGUGCUGCGUCAACUCCACAGCGGAAAUCGCGACCGGUUACUGA